UCAAUGGCUUUCUGUACCUAGCCCUUGGAAUUUGGAACAGCGGAGCAGCGAGGCCUGGAUGAUCAAACCCUGUCAGAGCUGCUCGGGCCUGUCUGGGCCAGCCCCAUUCCUCCAGUCACUGGGGAACUCAGGGGUAAAGUACGUUCGAGGCUGGGAACAAACAUCAAAAGGAUAACAAAAGUUUGGUCUGAGGGGCACAUGACAUGAAAAAAGCCUCUGACACCCAGCCAGAAACCAACAUUAAUUGGUAAACCAGUACAGGAGAUAUGAGGAGCAGAGACAAAGCAAUGCAGCCAAGAGUAUCACCUGACCUGAGGCAAAUCCUGGAGCUCCUUGCUGGGCAGAUAACACCUAGCAAAAGCCCAGCCACAGUCCCAAAUGCAUGGCAUGCUUUUGUCUGAGAUUUGCCAAGAAGACUUUCAUCUCCUACUCGGUCACCUUUGGGGACAGCUUCCGACAGGGCAAGGUCGUGGCCAUAGACCCUGGGAGGCAACAAGUCGUGCUCAGUGAUGGUGAGGAGCUUCACUACUCCCAUCUCAUUAUUGCAACAGGCAGUGAUGGGCCAUUCCCUGGGAAGUUCAACCAAGUCAUUGACAUGGGAAGUGCCAUCCAGACCUAUGAAGACAUGGUUAAAGAGAUUGAGAAAUCUCAGCGCAUCCUGGUAGUGGGAGGUGGCGCAGCUGGAGUGGAGAUGGCUGCCGAGAUCAAAACAGAGUACCCGGACAAAGAGGUCAUCCUCAUUCACUCAAAAACUGCACUGGCUGACGUGGAGCUGCUAGCCAGUGUCCGUCAGGUGGUGAAAGAGAUUCUCCUCAGGAAAGGAGUCCGGCUGCUGUUAGGUGAAAAGGUCAGCGACAUAGAAAGCCUCAGGCCAAACCAGUUCCAGAAAGACACGGUAGUGAGGACAGAGAAGGGCACCGAGGUGGUUGUUGACAUGGUGGUGCUGUGCACAGGGAUAAAGAUUAACUCUUCUGCAUAUGCUGCUGCAUUUGGUGACAAAAUGGCAAGUAAUGGUGCUUUGAAAGUUAACAAGCACCUCCAGCUGGAAGGCUACGAGAACAUCUAUGCCAUUGGGGACUGUGCAGAUCUCAAAGAGCCCAAGAUGGCCUACCAUGCUGGGCUGCAUGCCAACAUCGUGGUGACAAAUAUCAUCAACAGCCUGACACAGAAGCCUCUCAAAACCUACGAGCCAGGGUCACUAACAUUCCUGCUUUCCAUGGGCAGGAAUGAUGGUGUGGGCCAGGUGAGUGGUUACUAUGUGGGACGUCUCCUGGUGACCAUUGCCAAGAGCCGGGAUCUGUUUGUCUCCAAGAGCUGGAAGACCAUGGGGCAGACAAUGCCCUCUUGAGAGGGCACCAGGAACAAUCCAGCAGCUGGAAGAGGGUGAGAGUGCACUUCUAUUGCUUGGACUGAUUGAUUCUGUCCUCUGCAGCACCUCCUCAAGCCACCUGUCACUGUGACACAUAAAAGGGGUGCCUGCUUUGCUGUGACGGGGAAGGAGGCACUUCCCAAAUGAGCUGCACAGAAGUUGCCAUGAUAAAAACCAGGGAAGAAAUGUUUAUUUUACUCCCCCCACUGAGAGAGCUCUGGGCAACAAGCUUGGCUUACCUUGAUUUGUAACAAUAAACACUGUGCUUUUCAGAA